AUGUACGCUACCGUUACAGCCAACACUCGCCGUAUGAACUCGGGCAUGGCCUAUUGGAUGCAGGAAGAUAUGACUAUUCCGGCUGGACCGCAAAACGCUCCAAAGCAGACUCGUGCACCCAAAAAGGGUAGCAGACUCGCUCGACUUCGCAACUUCCUGCAUCUGGAUCGUAACACUAACCACCACGCUCGCUCUUGUAGCUGCAUUCGAUGCCUGCAGGUUCGUGGUAAGUUGAACAUUCAAGUUAUUCAAGAGCCUCAACCUUCUUUCAGCCCAGGCACACCUCGUCGUGCUCCAACCCCUCCAAAACGCAGAAACUCAAGUCCGCAGAUUCAGGCAGCUCGUCACCCAAUAGUGAGACCCAUGCCCAAACGUUACCAGACCGAGUACAAACCUCUUCCGAUUAUACCAUCCUUGACCCCUCCACUACCCGGUGCUCCAGGCUAUAUUCCACCCCAGCCUGUUCGCGGUCCAAUUCGUAGAAAACCACUCCCUCCUGGUGUUUCUGUCGUUGUUCCUGCCCAGCCUCCUGUAGUUUCAGAGCCCUCUGAGCCUGUCUCACCCAUCUCGCCUUCUGCUUUGAAUACUCACUUUGACAGUGCACCAAUCAGCCCAGUCUCUGCACCAAGCCCAGAAAUUUCCUCGACUGCCUCUGAGCCCGACUAUGAUCAAGCUAGAUACAAUCGCAUGAGCACUUACUCUUACCUCGACGGUCACACCAAUCUCUCUGCAUUCGCAACUACGCCCUACGCUGAUACCUUCGCCAUCGCCGACAUCGCCACUCCAAUCAGUCUGACCAGAGCCUCAUCCACAGCCGUCAAUGGUGCCGCUAUGCAAGGAUUUGUCUUGAGAACUGCCACGCCUGUCUCUUUCCAAAAAGCACAACCUGUCAAUGUUCGCGGUCCUGUGAGAAAUCCUUCUGUUUCGGUUGCUCACCCACGUAGUGAACGUCCUAAGCUGACAUUGAAAAUCAGAUCUGUUCGCGUCAAUCAACCCGAGAUUAUCCGUAGUCCUAGCAUCAAUUCUGUUGAUUGUGUCGCUGGCUCUGAGAGCUCGUCCAUCAACGCUUCGACUGCUGGCGUUUCUGACACAUCGACCGAUAAUGGCUCGCUAGGUACACACGCUAGGAUUCUCAGAAGAGUUUUGGUUGAGUCGUUGGAGGGUAGGUCCCUGAUUAGAGAUUCGUUCAUUCCUGAGUAA